AUGGUUAAUUUAGUGCAGCAAACUUUAGAACAGCAUGCCAUUCGCAGAAGACAAAGAGAGGAAGAACGGAAGCGAAAGGCAGACGAGAAUCCAGACGGUUUGUAUCAGUUCUUUCUUUCAAUGUAUCAUGAUAGCCUGCAAAUGCCAAAGGCAUCACAGUUAAUAAUAAAGAGAAAGCUAUUUGAAGCAGUCCAAGUUGAAGAAGAUCUAUCCGUGUCCUUGGAAUCUGAAGCGGCACAACGGAAUGCCAGUAGUGUCGAAAUAAACAGUCCUGCAACUAGUCGUUGCUCAGCAUACGAGCAUGAACUACCAGCAAUAACGCAUGAAAUAUCACAGCAAUCCUUCCAUCUGCAGAGAGCAACAAAUCCACCAUCGCAACAACCCUUCCAUCAGCUAUCAGCACCACCACGAUCACAAUAUUCAUGUCUUUAA